AUGGCCGCAAAUGACCCAUCAGUACACCGUGUGGUGACGCUCCGCCUCCGACUGGACAUCCCUUCUGUCGUGAAAAGCGGUUCAUCCGUUUGGCUUCACUGCGAUUACGAUCUCGAAAUGGAUUCUCUAUAUUCUGUUAAAUGGUAUAAAAACAAUCUGGAAUUCUAUCGCUACAUGAAUGAGCCCGACUCCACACCCGGAGCACCCAUUCAACGAGUUUUCAAUCAGAUCGGGGUUUACGUGGAGAUGUCAAAAUCCAAUUCAACACAUGUUUUCCUAAAGACUACUGAUUUGAACACUGAGGGCACAUACAUGGCAGAGGUGUCCACCACGACAUUUGAAUCGGUGAAGCGACUUAAGGAUUUAAGGAUAUUCGUGCUGCCGCAGCGAGAAAUACAAAUAAUUGGAUCCAAACCGGAGUAUAAGAUGGGAGAGGAUGUGCUCAACUUGACGUGUAUGGCCACCAAGUCUAAGCCAGUUCAAAUAUUGGCCUGGUUUGUUAAUGGCCUUAGAGUUGUGGGGAACGACCCCCGAAUCAACUUAAGCCAUCCGGAUAUUGAUGUCACAUCUGAUGGACUCGUGUCGUCGAGUCUCGGCAUUAGUCUCUCGUUGCUGUCUAAUGACCACCAUUUGUCUAAUGGAGUUCUGGCAUUAAGGUAUACAUCCUAUACAUCCACUAUCAUACCCAUCCAUACUCUAUGCACUCACAUAAUGCAAUGA